CAUCGACGGCCCCAAUAACGGUCCCGCUCCAAGACCAUGGGACAUUAAAGCCGAGCCUCCAACCAUGUUCCAGAAAGCGAAACAUAGCCUUGAGGUGCCACACACAGCCUCUGUCAAGCUAUGUGACUACUGUAGUGGAUCCGGGAAGGUGCAAUGUUCCUGGUGCAGUGGCCGUGGAAGUAAACCGUGUCAUGCGUGCAACCAGACUGGCCGGGUGAGGGAGAGCGGCGCGAAUGGUAGUUAUUACUACAGGAGCUGCUACUAUUGUAAAGGAGGCAGGACGGAGUGCACUUGGUGCAACCAGACGGGGAAGCAACGAUGCCUUGUGUGCGAGGGCACCGGCAAACUCAAGUGGUACACUAGACUCACCAUCAAAUGGAGAAACCAUGUGGAAGACUACAUUCUUAACGGGACAUCUCUGCCUGAUAAGAAGAUCAGGAAAGUGGCUGGACAUGAGGCCUUCAAGGAGGAACAUCCAAGGGUGUGGCCCAUCAACCACUUCCACGAGGAAGAAAUCAACACCGCCUCUCGAAACCUGGUGCAGAAGCAUAGCACUGCCUUCCCUGACGAAAAGAUUCUCAUGCAGCGUCACCAAGUGAGGAUCAUCCCUGUAGCUGAGGCGUCCUAUGACUGGAAGGCAAAGGACUACAACUUCAUCGUGUAUGGGUUGGAAAGCAAGGUGUACGCCCCUGACUACCCACAGAAGUGUUGCUGUGGCUGCAGCAUCCUUUAGAUACCAGAG